GUGUUUUAUUAAAAAAUGUUCCUUUUUUUUGUAGCUCUUCACAUGCAACAACAACCAGUCCAGGGUGUGAGGGUACAAAACCCUGGUCAAAGUCCGCAAUCGUUAAAACUUUCGCCAGGCCCACAGCCUCAACAACAGUCACCUGGCGGACCACCUCAGGUGGUCAACAACACUAAUAGUAACAACCAAGUUAAUCAAGGUCAGAGAGUAAUGGCACCAAGUAUUCAGCAACUACAGAAUUUAGCUUUGGAAAAAGAGCAACUUAAAAAACGAGCAGAAGAAAUCACACGACAGGAAUUGUUGCUCCGAGCACAGAUGCAUCCUGAAUCUGAAAUACCAAUCCCACAAACUAGUGAAAUGACUUCAGUUGCUGAUCCAUUUUUAGGACACACUACCAAUCAGGCAGACCUACACUCAAGACAAGAAAGUUCAGAUAGUGGACUUGGUGGAAUGGGGACCAACUAUAGUUUAAAAUCUUCCGAAGAUUUCCUGUCAAAUGUAGAUGAAAUGGACACACAAGAUGGGGGGCACAAAAUGCAAAGUCCAGGUGACUUUGGCAACAUGGACAUUGGGAAUGUUGGAGACAGUGGUGAAAACACAAAUAUGGAUAGCGAUGAUUUGGUUCCAAGUUUACAAGAAGAUAUCACAACUGAACUGUUAAAUGAUGUUGAGACUGUAUUGAGUAAUUCUAAAGUAGAUGGUCUGUUAUGGUUGUGAAAAUAAAGGGAACCAGAAAAUAGUGGCAGUACCGCUAUCAAACAUAGAUAUAUAAACAUAUAUAUAUAUAUAUAUAUGUGUGUGUAUAUAAAACACAGAACUCUUGGAUUUGGCAGAGUAUGGAAAACUGCCACACCAAAUAGAGCCACUGGAUAAAUGGCAGAAAACAAGGAAUCAUUAUUUUUAACCGACUCAAAUUUGGAUGUAAAGGGGGACAUUACAUUUGAAUUAAGUGCUAUGGUACACAAUUUAUCUAGAGAAACAUAACUUUAUACAAACACAUACACGUACACAAGAAGGUCACAAAGCAUAAAAUAUAUAUAUGAUGAUAUCUGUGUAUAUAUUCAAGCAGAUGCAUCAAGACAGACUUCUAUAGACUCACAUGUUUGGUUGUCAAUAGAGAGAGUUUCUCUCUAUUACAGCUCAUGGUUAAUUAUCCAUCUGUGGUAAUCUAAAAAUAAUAUAUUGUGUUAUAUACAAAACCAAACCAAAUAAUGUGUAUUUCACAAUUCUUUUAUAUAUAUAUAUAACUAUACAUGUAUUUUAAAUUUCAGGGAAAAGCUAGAAAGAGUGAAUAUUUUCGUUUUUUUUUUUUUUUACUCCCCAACAUUUUUCCCCCUCUAUUAUUUUAACUAUAUAUAUAUAACUCUAGUAGUUAGUAUGUGAAAUCGAUGUUGGAAAAGUUAUCUAUCUCUGUAGAUGAUUUGAGCGAUUAAAAACUAACUGAAAAAUAAACAGAAAACAUGCACUACAAAACAAUUAAAAAGAAAAACACUAAAACAGCAUUUAAUGAAACCAAAUCAUAUAUAUAUAUAUAUAUAUAUAUAAACCAGUCUUCCUAUUCCUUACAGACAUAUGUCAUUUGUAGUUGAAUAUAUAUCAAAUAUUAGGCAUGUAUAUACUAUUGUUUCAGUUCCUCAAAUUAUCUUUCCAUGCACCAUCUUUCAAAGUAAAAAAAGAAAACCAUAUCGGUUAGUGUUAGUUUAUAUCAUAAGUAAUGUUGAAUCUUUAGGCAGAAUAUCACUAUGAGCAAAUAUUUGAAUUUAGUCACUCUUUUUAAAAUCUCUGUAGGCUUUUCUGAAUUUCUUAUAAUGGAUUAAUAAAACUUCUAUACUGAAAUUUAAAACGUCAACAAAAAGUUUAAAAAAUUCUAAAAAUAAAUAAAAAGAAACUUUUAAAAACAUAGGAAUAAGUGUAUGUGCAUAUAUAAAUACACCUAUGUAUGUAACUGCAUGUAUGUGAAUAUACGCAUAUAUAUACGUGUAAGCAUACAUAGCAUUUACAUGCAUAGCUCUCACAUUUUAUACUAAAAUGUAAAAAUGUAUUCUAAUUUUUUAAUUUUUUACCAAAGUAUGAAAAAAAAGCAUACAAAAAUAUAAAGAUUAUUAUUUUAUAUAUGAUUUCUAGGCAGUUAUCAUUUAGUGCUAUGUUGCUCUCGACUCUUCUACUGUGUGGAAGGAAAACAUGAUGGGUGGUUAGGGUUAAACAAUUGUAUCUCAUUAUCUAAAGCUUCUACAUAUAUAUAUAUAUAUAUAUAUAUAUAUGUAUGUAUGUAUGUACGUAUGUAUGUAUGCAUGUAUGUAUAUAUAUAUGCAUGUAUGUAUAUAUAUAUGCAUGUAUGUAUAUAUAUAUAUAUAUAUAUAAGCUUUUCAUUUUUCCCAAGGCAUAUAUGUCUUGUAUAUAGACUUUCACGCACAUUUUAAUUAUUUAUUAUAGAGAUGAAAGCAAUAAAUGUCAUGUGAAGGAUAUUUCAACUAAUUGCAGGGUCAGACUGCAUUAGCUUAAAAACCAACAAGAUACUAAGAAGUCGGUAAAAAUAAAUGUAAUAAAGGAUUAACUAUAGACUUUAUCAGUUAUAACAUUAAGAUCUGAAGUUUUUCUUAUAUAUCAUUGAACAAUGUAAUUAUUAUAUCUUUAGAAUCAUUGUUCAACUACUCUCAACAAACUAAUUGGUAUUUAAUCCUACAUGGCCAAAUUAUUUAAAAUUCUUAAUCUACAAUAGGUCUUCAGGUGGCGGGUGUUAUUUAACCCAUGACAACCUUGACAGUGUUGUUUAGUACACAGUUUGUUCUUUACUCAGCAUGGUUUGUUGAGUUUUCUAUGAUUUUUUUUUUUUACCUAUAUGUUAAUUUACAGAUUUUGCCAGGAUCAAUUUAUCUUCAUAUCCUUUCAAAUAUAUAUAUAUAUUUUUGAUCAAGUGGCAAUUUUUUUUAUUAUUUAUUUAAUAAACAUUAAAUGCUUUAGUACUUAAUCAUCAACAUUAACUGCCUCAAGUAAUUUUGCUAUGUCUUCUUACUGAAAAUUCUCGAGAUGCAUUGUUUUUGAAAUUUACCUUGAGAUUAAGCAAUGCUUAUUUCACAGCAUUGCAAGCAAUUAUUAAUUAACCUAGUUGAUAAAUUUCUUCAACCUUUUAAAUUGCAACCUUUUUUAUAUAUAUAUAAAAAAUUACCUAGAUGAAUCUCAUAUCUCCAGUAUUUUUAUAUAAAAUUUCUGGUGCUGUUUCUUUCAUGAAACCUGAAAUGAUUCUUUGUGUAUUUUUUCUAAUGAAGCUAUUAUACACUCUAUUAUAUUUUUAACUAACAGUAGAAGUCAAACUGUGAAAAGUGAUAAAAAGUUAAGAACAACAACCACAGGACAACAUCAUGAGCAUGUUCAAAGAUAUAUUUGCAUAUUAGGAACUGGUCAUUUCUUUCACAUACAUGUAUAUAUUUUUAAUUAGACAAAUCAUUGCUAAUAAUUAUCUAUUUUUUACUCAGAAUAUCUAUCUAUGCUCUUGUUGCUAUAUAUCAUUAAUCAACUUCUUUAAGAAAAAAAUUAUUAUGUAGUCAUCUUACUUUUCACAGUUAAGAUGAAAUUCUUUGUUUUGUUUUUUUUUAUCUUGUUUUGUUUUAAACAUUUACUAUUUCCUCCCAAAUUUAACACUCCUAUCACUUCUGAAACAUCUAAUUAAUUUUAUUCAGUAUAUCUAUAAUUCAUAUCCAUCAUUAAAUUAAAAUUUAAGAUAACAAUGAAUAUAAAAUAAAUUCCAUUAAUGAGAAUUGAAACUUUUUCUAAUAGGUAUUACAGAAUUGACCCUGAACAAAAUAUCACACUUCAAAACACACAUAAAACCCACUUACCCCCAUUUCCCCCGCCCCAUCAAAUGCCAUAUGCCUCAAAAAAAAAUUGAAAA